AUGGAAAAGAUACGCGACUGCUAUCUAAGAGAAAAGGUUGUUUCCAACAAUCCGCUAAACAAGUUACAAUUUGCAUACCAAAAAGGCAAAUCUACAGUCAUGGCCCUUCAUUCAAUUGUUCAAAUUAUUGAAAAGGCACUAAAUUUAAAGAAAGCAGCCCUCGGUGCAUUUAUGGACAUUGAGGGGGUCUUCAAUAACGCAAAUUUUAAAACAAUAGAACUAUCACUCUCCAAUAGAGAAUCAGAUCUAGCAAUAGUAAAAUGGGUAAGCAAUAUGCUAAAUCAAAGAAAGAUCACAGCCACUUUAGGACAAGUCAAUCUUAAUGUUGCAGCAAUAAGAGGAUGCCCGCAAGGUUGA